AUGAGACUCAUACAUUGCAUACCAGUCGUGCUCGCCAGCUGCUGUGGUGUGCGAGCUGUCGACGAGCAAAACGGUUUCGGCGAGCAAAUCAUCUUUGAUGAUGACGUCGCCUUCAACGAGCGUGCAGGCAAUGUAAAGCAAGUUGCGAUCGUUGGUGCUGGAGCAGGCGGCGCAUCAACAGCCUACCAUCUCUCCCAAUACGCCACAGCAGCCAACAUACCAAUAAACAUCUCCAUCUUCGAGCGCAACUCCUAUGUCGGAGGCCGGACGACCACAGUCAAUGCCUGGGACGACCCGACGAAACCUGUUGAGCUCGGUGGAAGCAUCUUCGUCAAAGUCAACAAGAUCCUGAACUAUGCCGUCGAAACGUUCAACCUAUCUACCCGACAAGAAUCAAGCGCAGGAGUUCCAGGCGCUGCCCUAGCUGUCUGGGAUGGCCAGGAGUUUGUCUUUGUGCAGGAGGGCAACUACGGCUGGUGGGACACGGCAAAGCUCUUGUGGAAGUAUGGAACCGCUCCAAUCCGGACGAUGAGAUUGAUGCGAACUGUCGUUGGCAAAUUCCUGGAGAUGUACGAUGCGCCGGUCUUCCCCUUUGAAUCGCUUACGGAGGUCGCUCACGACUUGGGACUGCUCGCUGUUACUGCUGCUACCGGCGAACAGUAUCUGGCCGAGAACGACAUCACCGGAGCGUUCGUCAAGGACAUCAUAUCGGCCUCUACCCGUGUCAACUACGCCACGAACGUGCGUUACAUCCACGGCCUCGAAGCAAUGGUCUGCAUGGCGGCAGAAGACGCGCAUGCCGUCCACGGUGGUAACUGGCAAAUGUUUGACCGCAUGAUCGAAGCAUCAAAUGCCAAACUGUACCUCGAUAACGCAGUCACUGGAAUUCAUCCACCUGCCGAGUCUGGCUCGCUCACAGUAGACACUCAAAGCACCGACAGCGACGAUCCGAUACACGGUGGGACCUUCGACGAGGUCGUCAUCGCAACGCCCUUACAGUUCGCAAACCUGAGAGGCGACUUUGACAUUGACGAGAUCCCAUACGUUCAGCUCCACGUCACCCUGUUGACGUCGCCGCAUCUGCUGUCCCCAGCAUUCUUCAACCUCUCAUCCGAGAAACCCGUGCCGAAAAUCAUUCUGACCGUCCUACCGAGCGACGAAGAGCCCAAGGAUGGUCCAGAUGGCGUCGGUAGCCCUGGAUUCUUCAGCAUCUCCCUUCUCGAUCCUGCUGUCAAUCCGGAAACAAACGGGCAAGAGUACAUUUACAAGAUCUUCUCGUCCGAGCCGCCGAACAGCAAAUUCUUGUCGGGCAUGCUUGGCUUCCAGCAGCCAGAAGGUGACAGCGACGAUGAUAUCAGCGAGAAAGACAUCUCGUGGAUGUUUAGGAAGCUAUGGGAUAGCUAUCCCUAUGAGUUUCCACGAGUGACUUUCGAGAAGAUCAAGCUUGGUGAUGGGCUGUGGUAUACGAGUGGCAUGGACAGCUUUAUUUCUACGAUGGAGACGAAUGCGUUGAUGGGGAAGAACGUGGCGAGGUUGAUUGUGGACGAGUGGGUCGGGAAGAGACAGGCUUCACUGCAGCUCUAG